AUGACUUCACAGAAUUUGGAAUACAGCAACGAACUCACUUACAACCCUAGCAUUGCUCCUAGAUCAGCCAAUCGAUCUUCUUUCGAAAACGGGGGCAUGCAGAUUGAUUUGAAUUUGAUUGUUGUCACGUGUAAAUUUAAUGGUGAAAAAGAAGGCGCCGAUUACACGUGGCAUAGAUAUACUGUACAAGCUGACGGGCCCAUAAAAGAUAUGUCUUUGAUCGCUGAAUUUGCGGGCGACGUGGAUUACAUAAGAAAUCGGGAGGAAGAUGAUUGUGACAGUAUGAUGACUCUCCUUUCUUCAGCCGACCCGUCUAAAAGUCUUGUUGCAUGUGCAGAUAGGCUUGGAAACAUCUCCCGAUUUAUAAGUGGCAUUACCAAUCACACAACGUAA